AUUGAUUGAACGCUGAUUGGUUGAUCUUUCUAACUAACCACAUUCGUUUCUGGCUUUGAAAAAGUCGCCAUAGUCAUCGUUUUGAUUUUAGAGAGAGAAAAUCAUCAGAGAGAGUUUAUGCUUAGAGAGAGAGAGGUACCAGGAGCAAUACAAUGAUAACGCGAUCGAAUCUUGCAGAACAGCUGCGAGAUUAUCAGAUUCGAUCCAAACAUGACUGGGCCUCUGUCUCCUUCUUCUCUUCCACUUCUUCCAAUAUCACCAACACUUCCAAGGUGGAUGUGGUGGUCUUUGUAAUAUGGGAACUUGUUAUAUUAGCUUUCCUGGUUUUUUCUGUUGUUUCUUUGUACUUUAAGCACAUCCAGCUUGCUUUUAUAUUAGUCUGCAUCACAGUGCUUUUGCUUUUAUGCAUGAAAAUUACAAAGCAAGUAAGACUGGCAAGGAAGAAGAAACGAAGGAUGCUUCUUCCAUUGUCAAUGUAAAGUGGUAUCAACUAUCAAAGAUUGAUCUUGGGUCUAUUUCCUUUUCUCUCACCACCUUUUUUACUGGAAUUGGAUCUCGGCCAUUCAUGAGCAUUUACAUUGAUCCGGCUUCUCAUUCGUCAUUGAAUCAUGUUACUUCUGAUUCUUCCUAUCGCAAGUUGACUAGAGAAUAGAAAGGAUGCUUUUACAUCCAAACAAGCAUAUCCAGUUGGAGGUGGUGUAACUUAGAUGUGCCAGGUUCUUGUAACGUAUAUCUAUAUAUUUUGCAUUUCUUUUUUGUUUGUGUUGAUGUAUAUGUAGUACAACUGAUGCAAGUUACUAUGAAGUUUUUGACCCUUUGCAAACUUAUAUGUUGUAAGUUCGAAUACUACCAGGCGAACUCUUGUGUAAAGACAGCAUAGAAGCAAGUAGUUUUAGCUGUGUGAUAUUAUGCAGAAGGUGCUUAAUUUUUGGCACAUUCCACAUAUUAACUUUGUUGUAUUACCACACAUUUAACAUGAAAUUGUCUUAUGAUUCAUCAAUGAUAUGGGAAAUUAAAUUGGUA